UACUAUUGACUGAUGGUCAGGGCUAACCGCGACUAAGUAUUGCUCAAUCGCGCGUCCUGCGAGCGAAGUGUAGGACCCAGUAGCCGUCUGUGGCGCCGCGGAGCUAUCAUUGACGGUUUUGUAAGGAGUGAGGCGUGAAUGAGCGAGUGUUUUGGGCGCGGAGGCUCGCGCUGGGACUAGCUCGGGCGGCUUGGUCGACUCUGGUCGACACCGCUGCGCAGGGCAAGGUGAGUACGUAAGCCCACUUUGGGUCCCUCUGUUCAUUACAUCUCAACGACAGACGUUGAGUCGGGAUGGGGGGAUGGCGGUACUGGCGGGGGCGUUUGAACCCAGGUUGAAAGGGGCGGGGGUCCGAAGGGGUAUGCGAGCAAACCCGUCGCAUGCUGCCAUGGCGCGAAAAUUCUUCGCAUAUUUGCAUAUGCCCCGCGUUCGCAGAGGUGACGUCGUGACCCAUUCUGUAAAUUAUGUAUCGCCCGUGAGCUUGCCCACUGCGACCAGCGCCUGAGCAGAACACUCGCGACUUGCACACAUUUGAGCAGCGCGCCCCUGUUCCUUUAGACGACGCGAGAUGUCUCCCGCACGCGCGCUACUAAUCGCAGUGCUUAUGGCGUUGGCUGCGAUGCUAUCGCGAGGCGCGGGCGUCUUCGACGUGCGGCGACAUCUCGGCACCAAGACGCGAUAUGCGUAUCGGCUAGCAGUGCCCGGUGCUCCCAGCAUCUACAAGCAACCGGACCCGGAGGGCUAUGAGCCCGUCCACCUCUGGCUUAUGGCCCGCCAUGGCACGCGGUGGCCCACGAGCGACCGCAUGCUGCAAAUAAACAGCCUGGAGAGCUUGUUCCAGGACUCGCGCAAUACUGCCGACCACCCCUGGCUGAGCAACUGGACGGCGCCCUUCCCGGACGUGGGCUUCCUGGGCGGAGAGCUGCACCCCAUUGGCGCGGACGAGCUGUGGGGCCUGGCCUACCGGCUGCGCAAGCGCUUCCCCUCCCUGGCCGGACUGGAGUACCUGCCCAAGCGCUUCCCCGUGGUGUCCACUCAGGUGGCGCGCACCGCCGCCAGUGCCUCGGCCUUCACCGCCGGCUUCUUCCCCGAGGUGGGGUCCGCAGCCGACCCCGCAGACGACUCGCCGUCCGUCAACCCCGCCGCGCCGUCACUGGCGGCCCGCGGCGCCGGCGCUGCCGCCGGUGGCGGGCCUGGUGUGCGGGCUGCGGAGGAGAAGGUGGUGGUGGAGGUGGAGGAGGAGCGGGUGGCGGUGAUGGACGUGGACGCGGCGGGGCGGCCGCGCCUCAGGGCUGCUGAUGCCGCCGGGGGGCUGCUGUCGGCGGCGGACGAGCUGGAUGCCAGUCUGCGCGAGGUGCCGGCUGUGAAGCGGCCGCAGGCUGUGGCCAUGUCCAUGGCGCCCAAGGCCGCCGACCCGCUGCUGCGCUUCUUCGACGUGUGCCCCGCCUACGCCCAACACGACGAGUACACCGAGAAGUGGAUGGGCGGCUGGAUGCAGGGCAACUGGUCGGCAUUGGUGCCGGCGCUGGAGAAGCGGCUGGGCCUGUCCCGGGACAUGGACCCGUGCGAGGUUGAGGCUCUGUGGCAGCUGUGUCUGCUGGAGGCCGGUCUGGAGGGCGUGGGCAACAGGGCCUGCAGCCUGUUCACGCCGCAGGAGGCGAUGCAGCUGGAGUGGGUGGACGACAUCCACCUACUGGAGACGCAGUCCUGGGGCGCCGACAUCAACUACCGCAUCGCCGCGCCGCUGCUGCGAGACGCCGCGCUGUCGCUCAAGGGCGCGGCGGCGGCGGCCAGCAGCGCACCCGGCACCGCGGCGCCGGCGGGCAGGCUGCUGUUCGCGCACUGCGAGACGCUGGUGCCGCUGGCCACUUUGAUGGGCCUGUUCAGGCCGCCCGCGCCACAGCCGCCGGACGCCUCCGCCGCCGCCAUCAACGCGGCGGUGUCGGCGGCGGCGGCACAGCGGCACCUGCUGCAGGUUGACACGCUGGAGGACCUCAGCAUGCUCGUCAACGACCUGCACCGCCUGAACGACCAGGACGCGCGCAAGGCCGCCACGGGCGGCAAGGCCAGAGCCAAGGGCCGCCUGGGCAGCGAGGACAGCCACUCCUGCUACCCGGGGCGGGCGCCCGUGGACCCGGAUGCCGUGCCGCCGCCGGAGGGCUGGUACCCCAUGUUCCCCAACGACGACUCGCGGCUGUUCAAGGGCUCGCGCCUGGCGCCCUACGCAGCCAACAUGGCGCUGGUGCUGUACCGGAGGCGGGAGGGGCGGGCGGCGGGGGCGGCGGCCAGCGGCUCGCCGCAGCACCUGGUGCGGCUGUUGUACAACGAGCAGGUCCUGCCCGUGCCCGGCUGCGGCGCGGCGGGAUCUGGAUCCGACUGCGACCUGGACGAGUUCCUGGAGCUCAUGGAGGGCAAGAUGGACGCAGACGCACUGGACCGACUGUGUGGCCCAGCUGCCACAGCCGCCAGGGCGGCGGCGGCGACGGGGGGCCUGCGUGGCGACGGCGGCGCGUCGCUCAUGUUUGACCGCAAGGGCGUGCCGUCCAAGAGUCUGCGGCACCGGCCCGGCGGCUUCGUGCGGGGCGGCGGCGGCAGCACUGGGGUUGGUGGUAGCGGGGGUGAUGGUAAAGUGGUGGUGGAGGGGGCGGCGGAGGCUGGGAGCGGGGUUGGGGGAAAAGUAGGCGGCGAUGUGGCGGCGGCCAGCUGAGGGAGAGGGGAGAGCUGGGGCGCAUAACUUGACUGUGUGUGUUGGUUCGCUUGUUUGACUGGGGGAGUAAGGGUGGGGGCGUGCCGCGUGCCGGGGGUGGGUGGGUUACAUUCAUGACAUAGCCACAUAGGUGUGCAAAGGCGCGGUGCGAGUGUGUGCGCGUCCCGUGUUAUGCUAGUGCUGUGUAGGUACGGGUAUGGUUGCUGGGACUAAUGCUCGCAUAUGGACGUAUCUUGCAACCCUUCAUGCUGACGCUAACGAAGAACACCAAUGCUUCCAAUGGCCUGCCGGUAGACUGUAUGACUUUGGCGCGGUGGAAGUUGAUCUGGGGCCUCCAAUCGAGUAUGAAGGGAAUGUACUGUGCCGAAUAGUACCGGAGAGCACUGCGAGCCUUGCGGAUCCUGGUGUACAUGUCAGCGGGAAAGGCGGCGACAGGGGUCGUUGACAAGCCGCCGUUGCCUCAGGAUCGGGGUUCAUAUUUGCAAGUGGGCAAGUAGAAUGGUGUGUGCGAGUAUGCAGAAUGCCCGAACAGUCCUUGACGUCUGACCGGUUGGAGUCGGUUGCCCUCAGAAGUUGCUCUGGGACGAAGUUACGCUCGCAUGCCGCAGGGAGACACGCAAGCCCGCUUGUAUGCGCAGUGAUAACACCUGAAUCGCAGGGUCAAGCCAGGAAGGUAGCGUCACCGAUGCGGCUGCGCACUACUCACGACCAGUCACGACGGCAUCUUUGGCGCCUGGGCAGACUUGGAGCCAGCCAAUUCAACGAUUACUAGUUGCUUUCAAUAUAUACACGUCUUAAAAUAUUCUACGUUGGCUCUCCUGGCUUUGCAGCUGGCUUGACAGCGGUUUUGUGCAACUCUUAUUACCGCCACGCAUUCUGUAAAGUUUACAUAAC